UUCCUCUGAUUAGAAUGAAAUUUCAUGUAGAAAGACCAUAAGUUUAUGAACCGGUCAGGCGGGUUAAUUUGUGACUUCCUGCCUAGUCUGUUGUCUGAAACCACUCACUCUUUCUAGGGUCUAGGAUUCUAGCUUUUCUUUCUGUGAAAUCAGUAAAGCCUUGCCCUGUUAUGGUGGUAAUGUUAUCCUGUUGGCCUUGGGUUGGUAGACAUUUCUGGAAGUAAACCCCUCCAGAUUACUUUGUUUCUCAAACGUAACACUGCUCUUUCUGCAGGUGGGUGGGAAUGAAUUAAGAGCUCCCUUUCUUGUGACUACUUUCCACUCAGGACAUUUUGAUUUGGGAGAACUCAGGGUCACUUGAGUUCCAGUAAAAGCUCUCUUUCAGACCACCUACAGGCCAGGGUUGGGGUCAAGUUUUCUGGACUAGAGGUUUUUGAAAUGACCUCGCAGUGAUUUUCAUUUUUCAGCACUUCUAGAAAAGUCUAAGGCCUGGAACAGAGGCGACCAGGACGGAGGAAGGGCCUGGGACGUUGGGGUGCCCCGUCUCCUUAGUCUCUAACCCACGGCCCCCACCUGCUGUCUCAGGCCGGCCAUGACAGCGCAAGGCCAAAGUCUGAGUUCAGAUGAUUACUAUCAAAUGGGCUUUCGAGGGAAGCUUCUGAUUAUAGAUUCGAACCUUGGAGAUCAAGAUGUGGAGCGCUUGAAGUUUCUCUGCCGAGACCACAUCUCCUCCAGGAGCCUGGAGAGGUCCAACUUGGCCGUGGAUAUUUUUGAUCAGCUGAUGACAGAGGAGCUGCUGAGUGAAGAAGACACUUUCUUCCUAGCGGAGCUUCUGUACACCAUCAAGCAGAAUUCCCUGCUCAGGCACCUCAACUACACCAAGGAGCAGGUGGCAAGCUUGCUGCCCACCCGCCGGAAGGUCUCCCUGUUCAGAAACCUGCUCUAUGAACUGUCAGAAGACAUCAGCUCCGACAACUUAAAGGGGAUGACCUUCCUUCUGAGGGAGUCCAUUCCUAGAGUCCAGAUGACCUCUCUAAGUUUGCUGUCAUAUCUGGAGAAACAAGAUCAAAUAGGUGAAGAUAAUCUGACGUUACUGGAGGAUGUCUGCAAAAAAAUUGCACCUAACCUUAUGAGAAAGAUAGAAAAAUAUAAAAGAGAGAAAGCCUCCCAGGUGGUGACCCCUCCCUCAGCCAAGGAAACUGAGUCAUUGCCUCAAGGAAAGGAGGAACUAUUUUCCCCAUCGGACAUUAAACAUCUCCUUGGAAGCUUACAGGAGGGGUCCCAGCAAGAUGAACAUGCAGGGAGUAAUGGUGAGACAGCAACUCCAGUCUCCGUGGAGCUGUUGGGAGCAUCUGUUGAGACUCUAACUUCUAAAUCCAGCACAAAGGAGACAGCUGUGUACAGGAUGGACCGGAAUCACAGGGGGUUCUGUGUUGUUGUCAACAACCACAGAUUCACCUCGCUGUCAGAAAGACCAGGAACCCAUAAAGAUGCUGAAUGUCUGAAGCGAGUGUUCGAGUGGCUGGGGUUCAGCGUCCAUGUGUAUGUCGAUGUGACUAAAGGCCGCCUCAUGCAGGUUCUGCGGGAAUAUCAGAGUCACCCAGGCCAUGCUGAUGGAGACUGCUUUGUGUUCUGUGUGCUGACCCACGGGGAAUUUGGAGCCAUCUACUCCUCUGAUGGGGACCUCAUUCCCAUUCGGGAGAUCCUGUCUCACUUCACAGCCCAGCAGUGCCCUGGUCUGGCGCACAAACCCAAACUCUUUUUCAUCCAAGCCUGUCAAGGUGAAGAGGUACAACCCUCCGUAUCCAUUGAAGCAGAUGCUGUAAAUCCUGAGCUCAAGGCCUCUCUCCUUAAGGACAGCAUUCCUGUCGAGGCGGAUUUCCUUCUUGGCCUGGCCACUGUCCCUGGCUACGUGUCAUUUCGGCAUGUGAAGGAAGGUAGCUGGUAUAUCCAGUCUCUUUACAAUCAUCUGAAGGACUUGGUCCCAAGACAUGAAGAUAUCUUAUCCAUUCUCACCGCCGUCAACAAUGAUGUGAGCCGACAAGUGGACAAACGUGGAAGCAAAAAACAGAUGCCUCAGCCUGCUUUCACACUACGUAAAAAAGUCGUAUUCCCUGUGCCACAGGAAGAGCUUUUAUUGUAGCAGCGAAUUCUGAUCGACUUAAGACUUGAGAGGAUCCUUUGGCCAUUGCUCCAACUUCCUCACUCAUCAUAGAAAUUGGUGACAGAUGGAGAGCUGGCCUCCGACUGCCAUUCUAAUAAUAGAAAAUGUCCUAUUUUCUGCCACAACAAAUUCUGUUUUUUUUUUCUUUUCUUCUUUUUGAUAUGCCACGCAUAUGGCUCAAAUCUGCUGUUUCUGUGGCUGUGGUGAUUCAACCCCAAC